CUCGUUAUCCGUCCAUGAUAUGACCUUUUGGUGCAGGGUAGGCUAACUAGAAGUGCGUCUGUGUCAUCCUCGUACCAGUUGUCCUAAUUGAAGUGGUUACAAGCAUCCAUCGUCUCUCCCGUUUUAAUUUAGUGCCACGGUUUCAAAGAGAGAUCUCGAUUAUUCAGAAGCAUGAAGUGCAUCAUCGUCACAGUCCUUAUUCUGGCAGUUGCAGGCCUGUCUUAUGGAACUGGUCAACAACUCAAGUGCAAGGCUUGUAUAUCCAUACAAACCCAGCCUAACCUCAUUGAUCUGUCAUGCAAUAUUAGUAAUCUGCCAGAAGUGACGUGCUGGAAGAACAUGACCGCUUGUGGACGCGCUACAAUCAAUGGGGCGGGAAUAGUAGAUCCCAAUCUACCUGCGCCAGUAGCCUUCAAUGCUACCAUUUUGGGAUGUGUGCAGAAAAUCAAAAAUAACAGUACAUGCAGUGAAGAUAACGAUGCCCGAUCCGACUUGCUUGGAAAUAUUUUGAAUUAUCGCGAUGACUAUGGUAUCUCUGACACAGCGGCUCCGUUCAUAGAAAGUUUGCCAAGGAUAUUUCAGGCAGACACAACCAUCCUGUAUGCAAACACUGUAUGCCCCCUCAACGGGACUAUUGUUGGAGGGGCUGGGUCUCUUCGUACCGAUGUCGUCGUCGUCGUUGCUGCUCUUGUUAUGGCUAUUUUUGCUAAGGAGUUUUGAGAUUGUAGGUACUUCCCUGAUUCUUAUUCUUGUUCUCCCUCUCCUCCUCCUUUUCCUCCUCCUCCUCCUCCUCCUCCCCUCUUCUUCUUUUCUUCUUCUUCCUCUUCUUCUCCUUCGAAUAAAAAAACACAGUGCAUUUGUUUCUCGAAGUGAAAUUCGAAAAAGAUUUUUUUUUUUUUUUUCAUAUUAUAUAUAUCAUUAGUAUUGUUCAUAUAGUGCUAGUACUGUAGCUUAAGAAGAUAAUUUGAAUAUGCACAUUCGCUGGAUUCAAGAGGGCGCUGUUGGACGGUGCUGUGUACACGGGUCUAAUGCUGCUUUUGACGGGAGGUUUCACGGGCCUACAACUGGCAGGCAAAACAUAUUCAUUCGAGCCAACCCAUUCCGAAGUCGAUUUUUUAAUUUCGUAUCGCUGAUUGACAAAAAUGAGUGAAUAUGAUUGACAAUCUAACACUGAUUUUAGGGAGGGUACCUACUGAACUUCCUUUUUUCCAAAUUGGAAAGAUAUAUCACUACUUUGAAACUAUUUUUUUUACUGGUGGAAGAAUUAGGACCAUUUUACUAUCUUAAGUGAUGAAUUUGAUCCUGUCAGGUGUAGUCUUCAUAAAUGUCGAUUUAUUUUUAAAAUGAGCCGGUCGAGAUACCCUUUCCUGGUG